AUGUAUGUUCCAACUUCCUCUGCCCCAGUUGCUUUCAAGGUUAAUUUAAGUCUGCCUUGGUUGAGUGGUUUGAGCAGGAGGUUGUUUGUUCAAAGUGAUACAUUCAAAGUUGUUAGUGUACUUCGUACUGCGCAUAGAGUCUUGGGCGGCUCUGAUUUGUGGGCGCAGGCUCCGGCGCAGGCUCCGGCGCAGGCCCCGGCGCAACUUGAAGCGCAGGCUCCGGCGGCUCGACGUGUCUUGGAAAGUCCUUCUGGUGUCCCAGCCAGCAACAUCAUUACUUCAAUAAUUGGUAGUAUGUCUACAUCUAUCAGCUUCGAGGGCACACUCUGCGAUAUAGAGUCGAAAUGGAAUACCCAUCUCAGCGAACAUCCCCCAAAACAGAGCCGGUGGGUCGCAUCACCUGGCGCAUCCUCUGAGCCCCCACAAAGACAAAGACCCAAGCGCUCGGUUUUUGAGGAAACACAAUGGGACGGACAGCGUCACUACCUGAAGCGCAAAGGCAAAGAAGAUAAGCCUAUUGUUUGUGUCCAGCACAUGUGCAGAUUAGUUUUGGAGGAAUGGACUACAUGUCGCGUUCUAUAUGGGCAAAGAAUAUUCGAGUCUUCCUUGCUAGAGCGCUAUGAUGGCGUUUUGAGGAGCGAUAUACGAACUAUCUUAGGGUGGCUCCACGGGCAUGAAAACGAUACUGUACAACAAAAUGAGGUCGUUCACUCUAAUGCUAUGUCUGUUUCAACCACUCGCCCACAAUGUCCAACUCGGGAAGCGUUGCUCGAACAGCGAACCAACCAAAGCGCCAUGGCUGUCCAGUUUUGGGGCGAUCCUAUCGCACAGCACGCACAUAUGUGGAACCACGACCUACCAGAAUUUGUUAAACAUGUUGAAGAUAUCCCAUUCUCGAACACUCUAUUAUCUCUACAGUUUGAUCACAUCAAGGACUCCCUACGAUUUGGACGACUACCAAAGAUUCAUAUUCCACUCGGCCUGCCUCACGCCAGGUCUAGUUCAUCGUUCGACGAUUCCGAUGUGGUUUUUGCAGAUGAGUACCAUGCAGCGAGAAUUUUACGAGAUAGUCGUUACUGUUUUACUGGUAAAAUUCUGGUAAUCAGGGAUUUUUCGGAUGUGUUGUCUCGGACAGCAAUAUCUCUCGAAGAUAUUAUCAGUAGAAUGUCGGAGCUUGUAGCUCAGGGAGUUGAUGCGACUAUUGACGUUCAGGAUGUGAGCGUGGUGCGAAACAAAAGAGCUACAAUCGCUCUUCCACUCUCCAAAAUUCUCCCGGAUUUAAAAGAUAUAGGGCCUCGCCUGACACAGACGACGCCGCCGCGAAACUUUCUCAAUCUGGCUUCAAAGCCCAAAUCUUUUACCGAACCUACUUGCUUAGCUGGCAAGAGGCCACUAGAUAUGGAAGUAGAUCCUAAUGAUAGUUUUCAUGGCAAUUUCUUUUCCAUCCUCGACGAUCUUGUCACUCUCUUAAGAUGCGUAUCUACAGGGACUCUUGGGAAAACGACGACCCCGAACAAUUCUCCUAUCGACGUCGAGGAACGUCGAAAUUUCCAGAUUAUGGGCCAAAGGUUUUCUGCUUCCCUUUGGCAUAAGGAUUCAAUGGCCGUGGGUGCUUGGAUUCGCUGCCUUUUUGGUAUUAAGCUAUGGCCUAUUAUACCUUCAAUGUCGGAAAGCGAUUGGUCCGAUUUUUUAAAUAUGGGUGAGCACUGGACGCCACCCCAGAACCAAAGCGUACCGCUCGUUGUCCUACAUCCUGGCGAUACCUUGAUCAUGCUUCCAGGAAACCAUAACGUGCAUGCUCCUUUUACAUUGGCGGAUUGCGCCAUGAACGGCGGGGUGUUCUGGGAUGCGAGAAGGAUGGUAGUAAUCCUUGAACAGAUUAUAAAGGAGAUUGAGUAUCCGCGCAUAACCAACGAGGAACUUCCACUUCAACUUGCUGGAGUUCUUUCCGCAUUACACCUACGCAUCUCAAAUUUUCCCCACCAGUUCAAUUCAAACGCUAAAGAACUAUCUGACCUUGUUCAGAAAAUAUCACAGGCCCUUCACUGUGACUGUAAGAGCAAAUGUGCCACAGAGGUCUACUGUCCUUGUAAACUACUAGGUCGACUAUGCGGUGAAGCAUGCCAUCCCUACAGCUCGAAAUGCGAAAAUGGAUCAGCUCGUCGGGAGAUAGCGGGCUCUGCGAUUAGAAUACCCUUAAAAGGCAAAAGAUCACCGAAAUAA